GCCUGGCUCGGGUGGGUGCGGUCCUGGGAGGGAGUUGGAGGGCCCGGGUCGCGGGGCCAGAACUUGGGGUCGCGGUCUGCAGCCAGGCCUCAGCGCAGCUAUGGAGAGUGGCGGGUGGCCCUCGCUGGGUCAGUUCAUCCUCUUGGGCAGCAGCUCUGUCGUCACCGCCAUUUUCUUUUCCGUGUACCGGCAGAAGGCCCAGGUCUCCCACGAGCUCAAGGGAGCUAAAAAAAUCCAUUUGGGUGAAGAUUUAAAGAGUAUUCUGUCAGAAGCUCCAGGAAAAUGUGUGCCUUAUGCUGUUAUUGAAGGAGCCGUGAGAUCUGUUAAAGAAACACUUAAUAGCCAGUUUGUAGAGAAUUGCAAGGGGGUGAUUCAGCGGCUGACGCUUCAGGAGCACAAGAUGGUGUGGAAUCGAACAACCCAUCUUUGGAAUGACUGUUCGAAGAUCAUUCACCAGAGGACCAACACAGUGCCCUUUGAUCUGGUGCCCCAUGAGGAUGGUGUGGGCCUGGCUGUCCGAGUGCUGAAGCCCCUGGACUCGGUGGAUCUGGGCCUGGAGACCGUGUACGAGAAGUUCCACCCCUCAAUCCAGUCCUUCACGGAUGUCAUUGGCCACUACAUCAGCGGUGAGCGGCCCAAAGGCAUCCAGGAGACAGAGGAGAUGCUGAAGGUUGGGGCCACCCUCACAGGUGUGGGUGAACUGGUCCUAGACAACAACUCCGUCCGCCUCCAGCCCCCCAAGCAAGGCAUGCCGUACUACCUAAGCAGCCAGGACUUUGAUAGCCUACUGCAGAGGCAGGAGUCGAGCGUCAGGCUCUGGAAGGUCCUGACGCUGGUUUUUGGCUUUGCCACCUGUGCUACCCUCCUCUUCAUCCUCCGAAAGCAGUAUCUGCAGCGGCAGGAGCGACUGCGCCUCAAGCAGAUGCAGGAGGAGUUCCAGGAACAUGAAGCCCAGCUGCUGAGCCGAGCCAACCCCGAGGACAGGGAGAGUCUGAAGAGUGCCUGUGUCGUGUGUCUGAGCAGUUUCAAGUCUUGUGUCUUUCUGGAGUGUGGGCAUGUCUGUUCCUGCACGGAGUGCUACUGCGCUCUGCCAGAGCCUAAGAGAUGCCCCAUCUGCAGGCAGGAGAUCACCCGGGUUGUUCCCUUAUACAAUAGCUAAGUGUGUUAAAGCUGCUCAGUUAGACAUGAAGGACACCCCCCCCCCCCCUUGUGGGGAGUUUAUCUCGAGGCCUUUAGAAGAGCAGUGGUGGGGGUGGCUGUUUAUCUCUGACUAGGGAGACUGUGCUGAUCCCACACAGCCAGCAUAGAAUGUUGCCUUUCCAACCUGAGGGAAGAACCAAAGAUCCACUCUUCGGCAUAUAUGGUGGCCUGGCAUCUCUUCCCAAGAGCCAGAGCAGUGUCUUUGUGACCGAAAACUUCUAGUCUUUUAAGGACUAAAGCCACUGAUCCUCACACCUCCUGUCCCUGUGUCUCUGGUCCUGCUGAGCUGUUGAUUCCUGUGGACUCUUAGUAGGACUCACCUGGGCUCGGGAGUGAAUGGCUCACACUGAAGGAGAGGAGAAAUGGGAGCCAGGUGUGGAGGCCUUGCAGAGCUUCCUCUGAAGAGACCUGUCUUGGUUUUUCUUCCUUUUGCUUAUACCCUAUAGGGAAGGGUCUUUCUUUAGAACUGUCAGGCUAGACAUGCUAAUUGCACCCCUUUUCCCUCACCUGCUUGUUUUCUAAAUGUGUGCACAUGUAUGCAGUAGACAAAAGGAAGUGAACUCCAGCACAUCUGCCUCCUGCCCAAAUGGAUUUAACACCUGUCAGCAGGAUGAAGAGUGGUUACUUGAAGGGGCAGUUGUAGUCAUGGUCAGUUGACGACGGUCCCCAGCAGCGGAAGCCAGCGGUUAUCUUGGCUGCAGCCCCUCCCCUGGAGUUUCCACUUACCUCGAGGGCCACCAGAGAGCAGCUUGAGAGGGCUGGGGAUGGAGGGGGGUGGGUGUCCUGCUGCUUUUCCCUGCUCUGAGUGGGCUGCAGAGGCCUUGCCACCUGAGGAGGCACGUGGAUACUGUUGCUCCAAACCCUGCUUUCCUAACUUCUUCCCAAGGCUCUCGCUGAGAAGUAACCAGCCAGCGUCAUGAGCACUGAGCCUUUUCACGGCUCCUCCCCUGCCCCCUCCUUAUGAAAGGUCACAUCCCGUGGGUGUAAUCACAUUGUCCCUGGCCACAUCACCCUCACCCCCUCAUCUGCCUUUGAACUUGGGAGGGGGAACCUCUUGCAUCACCUUGAAGUUAUUUCUAAUACUUGUGGCCGGGCAGCAAGGGAGGCCGUAGAACCCCUUUACAGGUUAUAUUACUUGCCCAUCUCUUUUUUGAUUUCCCUUCCCUGUCUUUGAACAGUCACCCCCUGGUCCUCCUUGGUGCAGGGGAGGAAGGAGCACUCUCAGGGGCUGGUACUAGUACUGUGCAGUGUUCAGUGUGGACGGCAUCAAUUAAACACAUCGAAGCCAA